GGAAAACUUCUGCCUCCAGGAUGAAGCGGUCACUCUUCUCUCUUGUCAGUCUCCUCAUCGCCUACGCACUCACGGCUCCGUCUGCGCCAGCGGCUCCUAAGUGGGAGUUCAACCUCAAGAAUGAGACGUCUGGCAUCGUCGCACUGGAGGCGAUAGUAGUGUCUCCUACAUUGGUCGUCUUCUUCGAUCGUGCUUCGGACGACCCGCUACAGAUCAACAACCACUCGGCUUGGGGCGCGCUUUGGAACCUCGAGACGAGUACAGUGAGGCCUCUCGAUGUCCUCACAAACUCGUUCUGCGCUAGCGGUGCGCUGCUCAGUAACGGCACCAUGGCUAGCGUGGGCGGUGACCCGCGCGGAUUUGUUGGAAAUCCAGCCAUCCAGCCAGGAAACCAAGCCAUCCGCAUCUUUGAGCCGUGCGCAUCACCGACUGGCGACGGCUGCACGCUCUUCGAGGACCCUGCGACGCUUCAUCUGUUGGCCAAGCGGUGGUACCCAUCCUCAAUCCGUAUCUUCGAUGGUAGCCUCUUGAUCAUCGGAGGGACGCACGUCAACGCCGACUUCUAUAACAUUGAUCCCGAGAACAGCUUCGAGUUCUUCCCACCGAAGGAGUCUAUAGUACGUCCAUCGGCGUUCCUGGAGAGGAGUCUUCCCGCGAACUUGUUCCCUCGUGCCUUCGCUUUGCCCGAUGGCAAGGUAUUCAUGGUUGCCAACAACCAGUCGAUCAUCUAUGAUAUUGAGGCGAACACAGAGACCAUCCUCCCCGACAUCCCAAACAACGUCCGCGUUACAAACCCCAUUGACGGCUCUGCCAUCCUUCUCCCUCUCUCGCCUCCUGACUAUACACCUGAGGUGCUCGUAUGCGGAGGAACUGCAACCGACCCUCUCGACCCUUCGCUUCUCUCUUCUCAAACUCCGGCCACCUCACAGUGCUCGCGUAUCACCCUCACGUCCGAAGGAAUCGCCAAGGGCUGGGAGGUCGAGCACAUGCUCGAGGGUCGCACCAUGCCAGAGCUUGUCCAUAUUCCCAACGGCCAAAUCCUCAUCACGAAUGGUGCAGGGACCGGCUUCGCAGCACUCAAUCAGGUUCCCGACGCCAUUGGAAACUCUAACGCUGAUCACCCUGUCUUCGUCCCUUCCAUCUACACGCCCGAUCUCCCGCUCGGACAACGCAUUACCAACGCAGGCAUGCCUAACAGCACCAUCCCUCGGCUAUACCACUCGAGUGUCACGCUCACGCCCCAAGGCAACUUCCUCAUUGCUGGAAGCAACCCAAACGGCAACACGAAUUUGACUGUGCCCUUCCCCUCAACGUUCAAAGUGCAAACCCUCGAUCCGCCUUUCAUGCAGCUCAACCGCCCGAAGAUCUUGAGCGCGCCCAAGAACCUCAAGUUCAACAGCUCCGUAACUGUCCCCAUCGACUUGCCCCAGGAACUGACCCGCCCUGGAGCGAAGGUGCAAGUUGCGCUCAUGGACCUCGGUUUCUCCAGCCAUGCGUUUCACUCCAGUGCCCGUCUCGUCUUUAUGGACGCCAAGAUAUCUGCCGACAAGAAGUCACUCACCUUCAUAACGCCGCCGAAUGGCCGCGUUUACCCACCGGGACCUGCGAACAUUUUCCUCACCAUCAACGACGUCACGAGUGAGGGAGCGUGGGUUAUGAUGGGCAGCGGGAAUUCACCCCCGACCUUGGAGUAG